ACAGGUUUCAUAAUAAAUGAAUCUAUGGUCUACGGCAGAGAGAAAGAUAGGGAUGAGAUAGUUCAUCUGUUACUAUCAGUUGAACGAACUCACAAUGAGCUCCCUGUUAUUUCCAUAAUUGGUAUGGGUGGAGUUGGCAAGACCACCCUUGCUCAACUCGUAUACAAUGAUGCAGAUGUAGCAAAUCAUUUUGAUCGUAGAGUGUGGGUUCAUGUCUCAGAGGAGUUCAACGUAGUGAAGUUAACAAGAGCAAUUAUUGAGUCCGCCACCGGAGAUCCCUGUUAUCUUCGUGAGUUAGCUCCACUUCAAGCUAAACUCUACAAGUUAUUAAUGGGGAAGAAAUUUUUGCUUGUUCUGGAUGAUGUUUGGGUUGAGAACUAUAUUGCCUGGGAUUCUCUAAAAAUUCCAGCUGGGGUACAAGGAAGUAAAAUUCUAGUGACCACACGAAAUGAAAUUGUUGCUUCGAAAGCUACACGCUCUGCUCAUGCUUAUAAACUUAACAUCUUAUCAGAUGAUCAUUGUUGGUCACUGUUUAGACGCCAUGCAUUUAGAGAUGAAACCUUGGCUUCUUCAAACUUGGAAUUGAUUGGCAAGGAAAUUGUAAAGAAAUGUGAAGGUUUGCCUUUAGCAGCAAAAGCACUUGGAAGCCUUUUGUUUGGAGAAACAGAGGAAAAAAAAUGGAACGACAUCUUGUACAGUGAAAUCUGGAAAUUACCCAAUGAUCCAAUUAUUCCUGCCCUGAGAUUGAGCUACUCUCAUCUUCCUGGGAAUUUAAAGCGAUGCUUUUCAUAUUGUUCCAUAUUCCCUAAAGGUUAUGAAUUUGAUAGGGAGAACUUAAUCCUUCUUUGGAUGGCUGAACGUCUGCUGGAACCAGAACAGGGGAAAGAAUUGGAGGACAUUGGUGAUGAAUAUUUUAACCAUCUACUUCAGGCAGCAUUCUUUCAACAAUCAAGAUUCAAUAAAUCCACAUAUGUGAUGCAUGACCUCAUGAAUGACUUAGCAAGAUUUAUCGCAGGGGAAACCUACCUAUGGUUGAAGGAUGGAUCCAAUGCUGGAAAUAUUUCUAGAAAGGCUCGGUAUUGCUCAUACUAUCGUGGACAGUAUGAAGGGCUAAAGAAAUUUAACAUCUUUGAUAAAGUUGGGGAUCUGCGCACAUUCUUACCCUUAAAACAACAGUAUUUUCAGUAUGAGCAUGAGCACUUGUACCUUCCUAAACAGGUCAUCCAUGAUCUGUUUACCAAACUAAGAUGCUUACGUGUGUUAUGUUUGAGUUAUUAUUACAUUACUGAGUUGCCAGAUUCCAUAAGCAAUUUGAUCCAUCUGAGGCUUCUUGAUCUCUCUUACACUCCAAUUAGAAGAUUACCGGAAUCAAUAUGUUCACUCCACAAUUUACAGACACUGUUACUUGAUGGUUGCCGAGAACUCAAAUGGUUGCCAAAUAAUACAGGGUGCUUGAUUAACCUCCGGCAUCUUAAAAGAAAUGAAUGCCAAUGUUUUAGUGGAUUAGUUGUACCAGGAAUAUGUAGAUUAACGAAUCUCAGAACUUUGUCUAGUAUUUCUUUGUACCUAGACAGGACAAGCUUGGGCUUUAUAAGUGGUAUUGUUAGGGUUUCUGAGUUGGAGCAUUUGUCUUUGCUCCGAGGGAAUAUUUGCAUUUCCAUAGAUGCCACCGUCGUGGAAAGCCUUCACGAAGCGGAAAGGCUAAAGCAUAUGCAAAACUCAGUUAUGAAGGAUAAGCAGCACCUUCGUGGGCUAGAACUACUUUGGAAUUGUCUUGAACAGAGCUUCACUAAUUUACUGAUCAAGUUGUUAGAGCCUCAUACGAACCUACAGGAGCUCACAAUCAAAGGCUAUCUUGGCAAUAGCUUUCCACAGUGGACAGGGACAUUUUCUCAUCUCAGCAAGCUUACAUUAGAAAGAUGCCACCGUCUAACUGGGAACUUGCCUUGCUUCCCCAACUUGGUCAGAUUAGAGAUAAAGGACUGUGGCCAAUUGACUUCUCUUGGAGAAGUUAUUCCAUCUGAUGCCCAUUUGCUUGAUGUUGGGCAAAGAGACAAGAAAAUGGCUCAACCAUCAUCAUCAUCAUCUAGAGCAUUUGAUGAACAACAUGGCCUGCAGGAACUCGUCAUUUGUAAUUGUCCAAAGUUGACAGAGCUACCGGGCUUCUUGGAUGCAUUGACAAAUCUUAUAUUGUAUGGAUGUAAUAGAUUGAUUACACUUCCAAUGCUUCCAUUGCUCGGAGAAUUGGACUUGGCAGGACCAUGUAACGAUGCCAACAAUCUACUGACAAGCGUUGCUAGCAUCAAUUCACUCUAUUCUUUGCGUAUCUCUCGUUUUUCAAGGCUGCAGCAUUUACCCAAGGGACUUCUGCAAGGCUUAGUGCCGCUUCAAGAUUCGGAGAUUUCUGAUUGUGACAUGCUCAAUGCUCUGAGUGACGAUUUGGGCUUCCAGCAUCUUUCUUCUCUUAGCCGUUUAGAAGUUAAGCAAUGCCCUGAACUGCUAUCCUUUCCAAGGAAUGGCUUACCAUCUGGACUUCAAUUUCUGCGUCUCUCAAAUUGUGAUAAACUUGAAUACUUGCACCAACUGGGUUUGCUCACUAAUUUACGACGUCUCUCAAUCAUCCACUGUAAUGAGAUCCGGUUCUUGCCUGAUGAUUUAUACAAUCUCGUAUCUCUUCACGAUUUGAAGAUUGAAUCAUGUAGUAAUUUCAUGUGCUUCCCAAAGACAGGACUGCCCUAUAAGCUUGAACGCCUUGAGGUCAAAUAUUGCAAGGCUGUAUCUUUCCUAUCAACAUGGCUGUUGUGCAACCAGCCAUCUCUCAAAUAUUUGAUUAUUGUUGGGUGUGAUCAUCUUAAAUCCAUCCCAAUAUGUGGUUCAAAAACAUCACUCAAGGUCAUUCAGAUCAAAUAUUGUCAGGAGCUCAAAUCCCUAUCUGAUGAUUUCCACAACCUUGCUUUUCUUGAGCAUUUAGAAAUCGAAGGUUGUCCGUGUCUUAGAUCCCUUCCACAAUUAGAAGCUCUACCCACCACCAGCACCCUGCGUUCGGUUUGGAUCUCUAAAUGUGAGAACCUCAAGUGUCUGCCAAAUUACAUGCACAAUCUUCCGUCAAUUCAAGAGCUGCGAAUCUGGGAUUGUCAGAAAGUGGUUUCGUUUCCUGAGGAGGGAUUGCCCAACAAUCUACGUUCCCUUUCCAUCAGGUUUUGUGGAAAGCUUGCAUCUCUGCCCAACCACUUGCCCGAGUUGACAUGUCUUCAAGAAUUGGAAAUCUGGGGCUGUCCUAAGCUUGCAUCCUUUCCCCAGGACGGUUUGCCGAGCAACUUAACUAUGCUUUCCAUCAAGGACUGCGAGAACAUUGGCCUCCUAGUCAAUUUGGGACUGCACAGACUCACAUGUCUUAGGAACCUAACCAUUGCAGGAUUUACUGAUCCUUCCACCUCUUUUGAAUCGUUGCAGCUACCCACUACCCUUUCAUCUCUUUGUCUUGAGCGUUGCUACAAGCUGAUAUCCCUUCGCAGUUGGCUUCCAAACCUUACAUUCCUUGAAAAAUUGGUAAUCAUAAGGUGUCCCAAUGUCGCAUCCUUGUCAAAGGUGGAGCUUCUUAACCAGCUUUCUUAUCUUGAAAUACAGGUUUGUCCCUUGCUCGAAAGACAGUGCCUCAAGGGUAAUAGGAAGGCUUGGUCCAAAGUGGCACAUAUUCCUUACAUAAAGAUUGACCAAGAGGUAAUAUGAAGAAAUUACGACCAGAGGAGAGAUGCUUUGCAAACAAAAAUGCUUAUAUUGCCCUUCAUCAGUUUUGCUUGUUCCAAGUCUCAUAUCGUAGGAUUUAUGCAACUUUGAUGCCAACAUUUCACACCUACUUGGCAAAUGUCAACUCGUCAAUUUAAUUAUGUAAACAUGAGAUUCAGUCUUUCAUUGAUUUUCCAUUUCCCUGCAAAGUUGAGGCUUAAGAAAGAAAUCUCAAAUGUUUGCUUUCUCCUUCUAGGUUCUGGAUGCAUAUACCUGUAGAAUUAAAUCAUGAUAGAAGAAUUUUAAACUGUAGAAGUAAGAAGGUGAAGGUAAGGAUAGUAAUGUGAACACUGAACAGAUUGGAGAACUGUUUAGCCUUGAAGUUUGUGAUAAUCCAUUUUCAUGGCUUUCAUCCAGGUUGGGCUUUGGUUAACUAUCACCCAAGACAAGUUGAAGCAGCAUAGAAUAUUUAGGCCUUGUUCGUUUUUCGGUAAAUUAUUUACCCAG